AUGAUCACCUCUGCUCCUGUGAUCGAUCCAUCCACAUCGACUUCCACUCUUCCCUCCACUGUCCAGGCUUCGUCUUCAGGUUUUCAACCUCUAUCAAAUGCCGCUCAAUCAACUGUUCUGAAAAAUGAGUUUCGACGUGUGGCCAUACCUCCUCACAGACUCAGUCCGCUCAAACGAGAUUGGGUCAAUAUCUACACCCCGCUAGUAGAGAUGCUCGGGCUUCAAGUGAGGAUGAACGUGAAGAGAAGAGCUGUGGAGUUGAAAACUUCCGGACAUACCGUAGACAGCGGUGCUGUUCAAAAAGGUGCCGACUUUGUCAAAGCGUAUGCUCUUGGGUUUGACGUCAACGACGCUAUUGCUCUUCUGAGAUUGGAUGAUCUGUAUUUGGACUCUUUCGAGAUUAAAGAUGUCAAGACUCUCCAUGGGGAUCAUUUAUCCCGGGCUAUAGGUCGUAUAGCUGGAGAAGGUGGUAAAGUCAAAUUCACCAUCGAAAAUGCAUCUCGCACUCGUAUAGUUCUCGCAGACACAAAUAUCCAUAUUCUGGGUUCUGUACAAAAUAUAAAAAUUGCUCGCGACGCCGUAGUGUCUCUGAUUCUUGGAUCUCCGCCGGGCAAGGUAUAUGCACACCUCAAGACGGUGGGUGCAAGGAUGAAACAGCGGUUCUGA